AUGAGUAACGCAUCACUAGAAACAAAAGAUAAGAUUUCGUGGACGAAAUGGAUCGGAUUACCCUUUAAAGGCCUUAACUGGUCCAUUCUAGUCCUUGGGAUACUGACUUACUUUAAAUUGGCGGUUAAUGAUGCGCAAAUUCAGAUACAUUCGCUUUUUGCGACUAGUAGAUUGGUAGAUGUCUUUCUUUUCACAACUCUCUUUACUGUUAUCGGUCUUUUUGGGGUUAUACUGUACUUUAAGCGCGAUAAAAUGACCUGGGAUCGUACUAAUCGAGAAAAGUUAGCAGUUGUAGAGCAUGUUUUUGGUUUGGCCGGUAUUAUGCUAUUUGGAGCCCUAGGGUUCUCACCGUUGUUUAUUAUUAUCCCGAUAGUGUUCUCCUUUCUGAUUAGAGGUUUUGGAUUCUUUCCUGCUGCUGCUGUUUGUGGAGUGGGAGCAUUUGCUACUUGUUUGCGAACGAUGGGAAUUGGAAAUACAAUGGAUAUUAAUGCAACUAUAAUUGCCGGAUUAGCUAUAACCUUUAUUGUAUUAGGUACUGUAGGUAUAGAGAAGAUUAUUUUGAAAACCAGUCUCUCCAAUUACUUGCAUUAUGUUAUCUUAACUACUCUAGUCCUAUUCUCUUUUAAUAUGCUUCCAAUAAUGCUGAUUAUCUUUCCUAUUUUCUCAUUCUUGGUUCUUAAUCUUGGUCGACCCUUGCGAGUCUGGGCAGUUAGGAAGAUUAAGAACAACCCUUUUUUAGAACCUAUCUAUCGCGCACUGACUUCUCGUAGUGUAAGACGGUUGAUGGUUUUUUUGGUUAACUUGACUAAGGUACUGUUUGUGCUUGCCUUGAUUAUAUUUGUUGUUUUUCACUAUUUGGCCGCUCGUUCUGGUGUGACUUUACAGGUUGGUGAUACUCAAUUUAAAGUUGAUGCUACUACAGCACCAGUAUUCACUAAACUUACUACUGGAGUACAAAAAGUUGAAGAAGGGAUUGUUUCGGUGGUGACAGACGCCUUUAACUUCUUCCGGCCUAAAAAGCUGGCUGAUGAUUUGAUGAGUUUCUUAGGAAUUGAUGUAAAUGCAAGUGCGGACACCUUAUCUUUGACUCAAAAAGCGCUUAAACUGAUUUAUUAUGUGGUGACUGCGAUUGAUUCGGUAUUAUAUUAUCUGUCUAAAUGUGUUCUGCUGAUUUUCCAACAGUUAGGUACUGUUCUUAAUGGACUAGUUUCGAUUAUUACUUGGGUGUUUGAACAGAUCGAUUGGAUAUGGGGUGUGAUCACGGACUUCAUAAAGGGUUUAUUUGGGCUGGAUUCACCCGUUGACAAGGCUUUAUCUAAGGCGGGCAGUGGUAUUUCAUCUGUUGUUGAGAGUCGCCCAGGUGAUACGGCAUUGGAUGUCUUUGGAUCCAUUUUGACACCAUCACCAGCUACUCAAGCGCAAAUAGCUCUUAAUGAGGAGGCUGCUAAAACCGCGGUGGGAACAGUAGGAGUCACUGCUGUCACUUAUAGUCUUAAUGUUUUUAGUGUGGUUUAUGGUGGGGCUGCUAAUGUUAUGGCGUUUUUGCUGGGCGGGUAUAGUUUCCUGUUGAUAUCCACGACUCAGGAUGAAAUGUACUCUUCUAAAGGUUUGGCCUUUGGACUACGGGGUCUCAAACCACUCAUGAGUGUCUUUUCUGAUGAUUUGGUCAAAUCGAUUGAAAGAUCAACUAUGGGUCCUUCUUUCUACCAAAGAUUUAUGUCAUCUUACUGCCAGCACUCAGAUAUCCUUAAACGAGUCUACUCCCUGGGUGACUACAACAACUUUCCGAUUGUAAAUGAAGACAUCUUUGUCAAGUACGAUCCCCUGGCCAAGUACCGUGAGAACAAUAUUUGCCUGGAUGUCAACUCCUAUGAGAAAGAAGUAGAAGCAGCCAAUCAAGACCUCGAUCCUUAUGCGGCCAGAUUCUUAGAUACCGAACUUCGCGCUCUCAAACGAACAAUUGUAGUCUUCCCACCCUUCUCGCAAAAGACCGAAGACAAAAAGCUCCUCAAACUCAAGCAACGAGCUAAAGAUGCGAUUAGCACUCUAAAAUCCACCAAGGAUAUCGAAAAGGCUCUUUGGUUCAAAAUCAAGAAGACCUUCUUCCGAUCGGCCAAAGGAAAACUAGCUAAGACGGUCUCCCGGGAGUUCUUAAGAGCUUACAAUGCCUAUUCCGAGUACCAUCGCCAGUACUACCAUCGCUUCUUGAUUCUAGCCCUUUAUUUCCUAGGAGAAGAACACAGUAACUACUGCAAAUCCAUCAGUAGUUCUAUCAUUGAUUUCUACAACCAACUUCUUCCCCAUAAUCUAGAAGAGUUUCCAUUAGAGUACAUUUACGGUAUUAUUCGCUUCCGUACAGCUAUUAUCAAGAAAAACCUGCCUAUGCUAACUGAGUACCAAUCAGCAUCUGUCUUCUAUCCGGCUAUUAAUGAAGCUAUAGUGCAAAACCCACUGGUACCUCUCCAUGGUCCUCUUCCCAAUCCCACUGAAGAUAUAAUCUAUACAAAUGGCAGUACUUACAACUACCCACCCGGCCACUUCCUAGGCACUAUCGCCCGAUCGGCCUUUGACCUAUCCCUGUUCAGUGAUCAACCAGUCAAAAUAUCUAUCCCUGAACACCCCCGAACUUUCCAAAUCAAAGAUGGCCUUCUUAUCUUCAUCACCACUAUCUUUACUGACAACUAUAACAAACAUAGAUCUACAAAAAGUAUUGACCGUCGUACUCGUAAAACCCUCUUUAUUUCUGAUGCCACCAAGGACACAGUCAUUGUUGUUUCCAUCAGCGGAGUCUUAUUAACCACCCAUUGUCUGCGCCUUUCCGAACUCAAUGGUUACACUAUCGAUCUGCGCUACCAUCUCAAAGACAUUCAAGCUCUUCUUAGCAGAAACCAUCCCCCAGAAUACAUUCCAGGCACACCGUACCAAAUUACUCUCUCCAUCUUUACCCACCAUCCUUCCAUCGUAUACCAUGAUGUCAUCUACGAGCAAGACAAAUCUUCUCCUCAGCCUAAGACCAUCAAGUAA